AUGGAUUUCACAGGGAAUGUGAAGAAUCCUUUCCUCUUUGAUGACCCAGCACCACCUGCUGAUGUAGGUGAUGCAGCAGCAAAUCCUUUCCUUAAUGGUGGUCCCUUUGACUACUCAGCCACCUCAUAUACAGGAAUUAACCCCUUCAGUGACCAGAUUGAUGAUUCUAAUGCUGCUGCUGCUGGGCUCUUUGGGGACCCAAUGUCUUAUCCUACUGACAUGAAUCCAUUUGGAACAAUUCCAGAUGCCUCACAGCCAUUUGGUGCAGUGGAACCGCAACCACAGGCAGAGCUCUUUGGGGGGCCAGUGCCCCCCAUGAACCAAGUGUCAGGCGAUCUUUUUGGUGAGCCCAUGGUUCCAACCACUGCUCCGGCAGUGACUCACCAUGCAUCGGCACCUCCACCUGUGCCCCCAGCCCCCCAUCAUCCACCAGUUCCACCACAUCCAUCGGUUCCUCCUGCAAGACCACAGCCACCAGCUUCAGUUGCUUCACCUGUUAUUGACCUUAUGAGCGAUGGUCCAGUGAUGGAGGAACCUCAUGCAGCACCAGGAAGACCUCCACCUCCCAGACCACCUCCCCCAUCAAAGGAAACAAAGGACCUUUUGCAGACAGUCAUAGGAGCCAUGGAAGCUACAACAGACACAUUGCAUGAAAAACUAAAUACAACAAGAACACCGUGUCCUUCUCCAGGGAGUGGUGUCGCUAACUCUCCAAGUCCUACACCUGACAUACAAGUCACAGAACCUGAGAAGGAACCAGACUCAUUUAGCGCAAUAUUUGGUCAGACCAUAGAUGAGAGUGACCAUGAGAUGGAGGAACCCAAGACCAUGGUUGAUACAGCACCAGCACAGGAAACAACCACUACAUCAGAAGAUAUUGAUCUCUUUGGGGACAUGCCAUCUCAAAAGCCUAAAAGUAAACAGGAUAUUCUAAGUCUAUUUAACAAACCACAGGCUCAAACAACAUCACAGGUUGAUUUAUUGUCAGGCGACCUUUUGACUGAGGGCAUUACUGCAGAGGAUGGCGAAACUACCACACAAGUGAAACCUGCAGAAGGAUCCUCAGUAGAAACAACACAGGAUGCUCAACCUUUUGACCUAUUAGCAGGAGACGAGAUUAGUGAAACGGCUGCUCCACCUGUCAGUACUGCUGUAAGUAAGGAAGCCGCUCCCAGUGAGACAGCAGCGGGCACUACCCACAUAGAAGCCCAGGGUGAGACAGUAGUCAUCGAGGAGUCUGUGUCACCCGAACAAAUGAGUGAACAGACUGACAGUGAACCGACUGUUAUUGAAACCAACUUGCAAGGAGCCACAGAAGAGGCUAACAAGAUGUCUAUCCUUGAAGGUGAGGCUCAGGAUUCUGCUUCCAUGAAUGAAGAAAAGGUUGAAGAGGUGUUUGGAUCACCUGAGCCCAUCCCUCCUGCGAUAAUCAGCGGUCAGAUAGAGCCAUCAGAACUACUCAGUAAAACAGAUGCUUCAGAAACACCAAGUCAAGGAGAAAUUUCUAUUGAAGCUGGAAAGGAACCACAAAUGGAAGAUGAAAUUAACCAGCGGAAACCAGAAGUAGAUGAGGAUUUUGGAAUUCCAUCUUCCACAGAGCAAAAAGAUGCUUUUGGGGAUGUUAAUGCCCUUGAUGCAUUCAGUGCUCCACCUGAAGCAGACCAAGGGGCUGCCCUCUUUGGAGAUGCCUUCCCCAGUUCUGGUGAUGCACUGUUUGGCGACUCUCAGGGCGUUCCUCCGGCUUCUCCAGCAGCCAAUCUCUUUGGCGAUGUCUCACAAACAGUCCCGCCAGCAUCCCCUGCUGCCAGCCUCUUUGGUGAUGUGUCCACUGUACCUCCUGCUUCUCCAGCCACCAGUCUCUUUGGUGAUGUGCCUCACUCAGUACCGCCAGGUUCGCCAGCUGCUGACCUUUUCGGAGAUACCCCAAAGGCUGUGCCUCCUCCUUCCCCUGCAGUGGGAUUGUUUGGGGAUGUUCCAGCCAAUGGUACAGGAUCUUCAGGGUUUGACAUCUUUGAUGGCGAAUCAGCCAAGGUUGUGCCGGCGCCUUCAGGAGCAGACUCGACAGGUGCGGCUCUCUUCGGGACGGCAACUCCUGCACCUAAUGUUGGCAUGAGCCUCUUUGGGGCUGGCAACGAACCUACUCUAGACAUCUUCGCAGAGAGUGAGGGCAACACAAUGGUCAACCCCUUCGCUCCCGCCCCUGCUGCACCUACAGCUGCUCCAGCAGUGGCACCAACAGGUGUGAAAGUUGCAACCGACGAAGAAUUCGACGCCUUUUCAGCAAGGUUUGACAAGGUCGCUGUAGACGAGUCAGAUGAGCUUCAUGUUGAUCCGUUUGCCACCACGGUGCGAGCCGCUUCCCCAUGGGGAGACACUGGCGAGGCGGGCGGCGCGACGGCUGAAGGGUUCGGCUUCGGGGACUCCGGCGGCUUCGACUCGUUCCUAGCCAUGAACGAGCCGCCUCCGGUCCCGCAGUCGACGCCGCGAAGAGCUGCUCGCCAGACCUCCGGCGACUCUGACGACGAGCCGAUGACUGUCGUGAUAAAGCCGGCUGCCCUCGACGCGGGCGCAGUCUCUCCGAGGGGCGUCUCACCCGUGCCCGUUCUCGCACCGCCACCCGCCGUCGCCGCCAACACUGCCUUCACGGACACCACACCCAGGUUCAAUCCGUUCGACCGCGGACCCGAGGACAUCGCUGAGGCGGCUGUGGAUGCUUCGGUCAAAGCCGUGGCGGGUGAGCUCCAGAGGACGGAUUCUCAGGAGACGCCGCCCACGCCCUUGUUCGAGGAGGACCAGUCGCAGCCUCUCGAGCCGUUCCCGAGGACGCAGAUGCCGGCGCCCAUUUGGGAGAUGCACCUUCGUCAGCCCAACAAGAAGAAGAUCACGGGACAGAGAUUCUGGAAGAAGGUGUUUGUGAAGCUCGCCGAAACCGGGUGUUUGCAACUCUUCAAUAGCAAGGACGACAAAGACCCAUUCCAGGAACUCCCUCUUCAGGCUUGUUACUCCGUGUCUGAUAUUGGCGCUCAGCAGUUCGACCAAUUCGGCAAGAUCUUCACGGUGAAGGUGCAGUACAUCUUCUACAAAGAACGACCCGGAGUACGACCAGGGCAGCUCUCGAAGGCCGAGCGUCUCACCACCAAGCUCUCGAAGUUCGCCCAACACGCCAUCGCGGGAGACUACGAACACGUCAAGGAGUUCGCCAGCGACGUCAGGAAACUUGGUAUGCCAGUGGAACACGCGCCGCAGAUAUCGCAGCUGCUGAAGCUCGGAACGCAGACCUAUGAGGACCUUAAGCUUUUCUCCAGUCUUGUCGAAGAACAGUUAUUCAAGCUUAAUGUUCACCGCGACCGCGCCCUCAACUACAAGAGCGAGGAGGUACAGCUGACGGCCGUCGACGAAAUAUACGUCGAGCAGGACGCCGGCAAUGUGGUCCAUCGCAUGAUCGCCCGCGUCAGGAUAUUCUUCCUCGGAUUCCUGUCAGGAAUGCCUGAAGUGGACCUUGGGAUCAACGACAUGAGGAAGCAAGGCAAGGAGGUGGUGGGGCGGCAUGACAUCAUCCCAGUCAUCACCGAGGAGUGGAUUCGACUCGAGUCGGUGGAGUUCCACUGCUGCGUGGAUUCGGAGGAGUUCGAGAUGUCCAAACACAUCAAAUUCAAACCUCCCGACGCCUGCUACAUCGAACUCAUGCGCUUCCGAGUACGACCUCCGAAGAACCGAGAACUGCCGCUGCAAGUCAAGACCAAAAUCACCAUCCAAGGGCGCCGCGUGGAGAUCAACAGCGAGAUCCUGGUGCCUGGUUUCUCCGGCAGGAAGCUAGGACAGGUUCCUUGUGAAGACGUGAUGGUUCGGUUCCCGCUUCCCGAGUGCUGGAUCUACAUGUUCCGCGUGGAGAAGCACUUCAGAUACGGCUCCGUCAAGUCUGCUCAUCGAAGAACGGGCAAGGUCAAAGGCAUCGAGCGCCUGAAGGGAGCGGUCGAUCAGCCGGAGGCGGCGCUGAUGGAGGUCACGUCAGGUCAGGCCAAGUACGAGCACCAGCACCGAGCCAUCGUGUGGCGAAUGUCCCGCCUGCCGAAGGAGGGCCAGGGUGCCUACACCACCCACUCAUUCAACUGCCGCAUGGUCCUCACGCCCUACGACCAGAUGCCCGAGUCCCUCGACAAGUACUGCUACGUGGAAUUCACCAUGCCCGCCACCACCGUCAGCCACUGCGUCAUGCGCUCGGUGUCCAUCACGAGCGAGGAGCCCCCCGAGAAGUACGUGCGCUACCUGGCCCGCCACGAGUACCGGGUCGAGAUGGAGUUCUCGUCGGGGACGGGCCCCAACGAGUACGUGGCCGCCACCAUGAAGGACGCGGAGCAGACGGCCAAGGAGGAGGCCGCGCGCAAGCAGCAGGAGAUGCAGCAGCAGCAACAGCAACGGAACAAUGACUCCAGCAGCGACGACUCCUCUUAACAGACAGCAGGUCACGAGUCGACUUCCUGAAGAGGGCGCGGUGACCCCGGCGCCUCCCGCCGCCGCCGCGUCUGCCCCAGAGACAAACCGGAGCCAGUCAGGGUGUUUGCCAGUGCGAGCGAAAGACGCUUUCUCGCGACUAUCGCUCGUCGCGCUGUGUUGAACAUUUCUUAAAGUAAUUCCGAAAAAUCAACAAGAAUGAAAAGACAGUUACAAUGACUGCAUUCUACUUCAUGGUGCUGGUAUCAAAUGGUACAUAAUAAGCAUCACAUGCUAGUCUAAAGACGAUUUAGUAUAAUUAUGAAAGGUAUGAGUGCACAGAUACUAUAUAUAUAUACAUACAUAUACAUAUGUGUAUAUAUAUAUAUAUAUAUAUAUAUAUAUAUAUAUAUAUAUAUAUAAUGAAUAUGUUGUCAGGAAAAACGACUGUUGUAGUGCCUAACCUCGUAUUAUUAUUUUUGUGCCAAAGGCGAGAUGCUUUCAAAAAAAAAAUUAACAAUAAACACUUUCUUUUAGAGCAGCUACUGUAUGACUUAGAAAAAACAGAAAAAGUAAAAUUAACGCAUUCUGUGGUGGGGAGGUUUACAGCCUUCCUCCCUCUCCUCUCGCGACCGUGGUGUGACAGCGGGGAGGGGGGGUCCCGAGGGUGGACCGCACCCCACCACACCAAUACCACAGUGGAACAGUUCCUUGUCGUCGUCGUUGUUGUCACAUUCGGAGCCAAACCUCCUGAGAAGAGGGAAAACUCAACGAGGAAAAAAUCAUGUUCACCGAAACACUUUUUUCCUUGAAUCCCUUCUUUCAGUAAAUGGUUUCGGAUCUUACUCAUGGAUCGUCUCGCCCGACGAAGUGUCGGCGUGGCGUUCCACCUUAUAAACAUGAUAUAUGAUGCUGUAUUGUUUAAAAGUAGGUUUGAAACGCGUGCAUAACACAUAUCUUAUCCCGUAUUCUCCCUGUUAUUGCUUCUCGGCUAUGUACCUCAGCAAUAGAUGAACUUACAACCAAUAAAAAAAUAUAGUUGUUUUCAGCCAGUAAACCUAACGUGUACUGCAUGCAGUAAAUUGUUUGCUUUCCGUUUGUUAACGAUAUGGCAUUGCGGAUGUUAGCAAUGCAGUGUUCUUCUAUUAAUACCAAGUUAGAAGAGAAGUGAUUACAGAGCUGUGAGUCCCGUCUUUGUCUUUCUCCUGCUGGCCUUUUUAUCCAUUUCUUCUGCCUCUUCUUCUCUCUUUUCACUUACAAACAUCUACGUCCACGAAUUUCCUUCAGGGUACUCUCGUGGCUACAGACUCUUCCCCCCCACUCUCUCUCUAUCUAUCUAUCUUCGAUCGUUAUCUUCCUCUCUCUCUGUCCCGUUCUCUCUCUCUUACUCUGCAAUCCCAGGCUUGACUCCCAUAUCCUAUACACAUGUGCAAGUAUGCUGCCUUCUUUUAAGGAUAUCACAUCUUCAUUAUACCACUGUACACUGAGAGUACCUUUUUGUGAAUAGAUUAUAAAGAUAUAGAUAUAUAUAGAUAUAUAUAUGAAUAUGUAUAAAAGUGACAUUAUAAUCUAUCCAGUCCUACAUUCAUGGAAGACUUACUCUUGCUAGAAAUUGUGUUCACAAUUUUCCCUCUUACCUGUACUGUCUUUUCAACGCCUUGUCUACUCUUCAUGCUGAGCUGUUUCUGAGAAAUGAAAGCAAAGACUAUACUUUCUCUUCUUCUCUGAUACGCCAUAUCUAUGUCUAUAAAAACAGUACCCCUUGCCUACAAAAAUAAGAUAAGAUAAAAUUGUCUAGUCAAGCUUUUCACCAACACUGGUGACGUUGGGCAGAUUUCUUGAAGGAGUUCCCGGGUGUGACACAGGAGCGCGCGAUCACCUUUCCUCAUUUUCUACCUUUAUCUCCCUCUUUCUUCUUUCCUUCGCCAUGGUAAAGAGACAUUUCAGGAGUCUCUGUUGUAUGUUUGUACCUACAAACAGACCAAAUGUAACUGUAGGACGAUUGCUAUAGAGACGAAAAUGUUGUAGUUGGCGAACUGACCACAAAGGAGGAUGAUGAACUAUGUAGGUGGUCGCGCACCCUUGUCCGCCGGCCCUUCAUCUCGGUCUGUCCGACUGACUGUAAACACGGACGUGAAAGGUAAACUAACUUUUCUUACAGACAUGCACGUGCUCACAUAUUUUGCUGCUGUUGGUGUAAAUAAUAAGAGAUAUUUCUAGUGCUAGAUUAUUUAUGUGUUUUGUUGAUUUGUUUGACGUUGAAUCUUCUGGCGAACCCGAGUCCAGAGCGACGUAUCGCAGCAACAUACCAAAGACGUAGCAGUUAUACAAACUCCCAGCUGACAGGGCUCCCCCUGGCCGCACCUCACCCGUGCUGGAUCAGUGGCAAGUUAGAUGCGACAGACAGUGUAAUAUGUAAAAAAAAAUAUAUAUAUAGUAAUUUAAUUCAUGUAGAACGAAAGCGGCAAGUAAAUGUGUCAGUGUAGUAUUGCUAAGACACACACACAAAAAAUGGUAAUUUCAAGAUGGGGAUGGUUCAGGGCGAGGCUUGCCAAAAGGAGUUUCUUUAACUUUGUGAGAAGAAUUCGAGUGAAUUCCUACUUUCUGUGAGUGUGUGAAGAUUUUCUUGUAAGGAGACUGAGCUAGGGUAAGGACCUACACGUCCAUGGUGGCUCAGCGUGUGGAAAUGAGUGAUUUUCGUUGUGAAAGGAUGAGGGCGAUGUGAAAACUGUUUUGAUUAUACUUGUUGUUGAUCGCCUAUGUAAGGAUUUCAAAAAUCCUUUCUGGUUGUGUGAAUCGAAGAAAUGGACCAAAAAAUAUAUAAGAUAAAAAAAAGCAAGAAAGCAACACCUUUGAACAGUCUGAAGUGUUACCAAGUGUGCAUGUGUAAAUAUAUACAUAUAUAUACAUAAAAAAGAUAUGUUGGUGCCCCUUAUCCCCACUGCGUGGAGGUCCGCUGUGGAGGGAGAAACAGCCACCUGGUCACUCACAGUAUCUUCUAUGUUUGUGUUGUCAAGAAAAAAAAAAAAAAAAAAGUGGUGGGGGACGUGCGCGACGACAAAAAAAGAAAAAAAGAAAAAAAAAGUAUUUCAGAUCAGUAAACACGAAACAAAAACGAAACCAGCUGAUUGCCCGUGUGGAAAUAAAGAAAACGGAUAAACAGAUGUGUAGUGAGACGAGGGAUAUUCUAUUUUCAAAGACGAUAAGGCAAAAAAGAAUAAAACAGUGACUCGUUUGAAUUGUGAACGUUUUUUCCAUGAAUCUUUGUUCUGGGACAAAUUAGAACGUUGCUUUUGAAUCGUCUGAGUGAUGACGCCACAGAAACUGAUCAGUGUAAAAGAAUAAAUGUAAAUAGAAACCAAAACCAAAUAAUAAUAAUAAUAAUAAUAAUGAUAUGAUAUUAAAUAUGUAUUUACAAAGAGUGAGAAAUAAGCGAAGACUCGCUAAUCAGCUUGUUUUGUAUUCAUACUACCAAACCAUUUCCAUCAAGAGAACAGUUUCCGCGCACGUUCCCGGAUCCUCUUAAUAAAUUGAAGAUGAUUUUUGUAUCAGUUUUAUUCAUAUUUCAGAAUCUGUUACGUUGAACCGUUAUUUCAGUAUUGCCUUGGGGAAUGAUCGGAAAAAAAUACGAUCACGUUGCGCAAGAGACGCCAUGGCUAAAAAGGCGAGGGAUCGAACGCAAGUGUCAGAUCAAAUACUCAAACUGGAAAUAAAAUCCCUCGCCUGUUCAUGAGUCUCUCGGCAACGGGUAGGCCUACGCGAAGUGCAGUAGGCCUAUCUCUCCAGGUGAUUGGGUCGGAUGAGUGCAAUGUCUAGUCAUUAGGUUUAAGGAAUAGUCUAGAAUACUGAAGUGUAAAUAGUUUCAAGUGUCUUCUUCACAACCUGGAGCUAUCGUGACUAUCAGUGGGUGUUACUUAAAAAAGUAAAAAAAUAAUAAUAAUUAAUAAUAAUAAUGUUCCGUAGUGUUCAUCGUUUACAAAUUGUUGUAGUGUUAUAUUAUUUAUUUUCUUCAGCAGAUGUUUAUCGUGAUUAUUGAUGAUGAAUUAUUUUGUAAAGACCAAGUUACAAGCAAGUGUCUGGAACCACAGAACACAACCCGGAAAGAAGCAGUUUCAUGUGAGAUUUUCAUUGUUAUAAUAUACUCAGAGCGUCUGCCUGUUCGGUAUCUUGUAAUUAUCGUACGAAGCUAUGUAAUAUAAAAUGCAUAUAAAAAGAAGUAUGAAAAAUAUCUUCCAGUGUACUCUUUGUGCUCAGAUCCACAUACGUUUAAAAAAAAAAAAUGGGGUACAGAUUACACGAUAUAAAAAAAAAAAAAAAAAAAAUACAUAUAAAAAAAGGAAAAAAAUAUUCCAUUAUCACCCCUGUGGAAAAAAAAGACAGAAAAUCUCGCCAGACCAUAAUUUCUGCAUCAUCUUUCCUAUUCUCUCUUCUGUCCCACUUCGAAGAGAACUCGCGUCAGUUUUUUUUCAUUAUUAAUCAUUUAUUUAUUUUCUUUUUUUUCUUUGAAUCGCGGAAAGUAGGUGUUUGGGUAAUCAAGAAAGGGGAAGUAGGUGUUUGGGUAAUCAAGAAAGGGGAAGUAGGUGUUUGGGUAAUAAAGGAAGGAGAUAGAAGGUACAUUUGAAGUCGCGAUUGUGACGUGCAGUGUCUCUUUCUGUAUGUUGUAGUCUUGUCCCAAUUGAGAGUGUGUGUACUGUAUGUAGCCAAUAACGAACGGCAAAUAUAAAAUUAAAACAAAACAAAAAAAAAAACUUCAUCUGUUGGACCGA